AUGGGCGGGAGCAAUGCCGACGUGGUGCUCGCCGACUCGUACCUGAAGGGCCUGAAGGGCCUGAAAAACGGUAUUGACUGGGAGACCGGCUAUGAAGCCGUGGUAUCUGAUGCGGAAGACGAGCCCGCGAUCUGGUUCGUUGAAGGAAGAGGUGGCCUGGCCAGCUGGAAGGCACUGGGAUACAUUCCCACCGAUGAUUGGGAUGUCUUAGGCACAGGGCCCUUCACGCGGUUCAUCUCACGGACGGUAGAGUAUGCCUACAACGACUUCUGCAUCGCCGAGAUGGCCAAAGCCAUGGGCGAGCACUCGGACGCCGAGAAGUACAUCCGCCGUUCGGACAACUGGGCAAACAUGUUCAAGGCCGACCAGCGGUCCACCCUCAACCUCUCGACACCCAAAGACCAGCCCAACUUUGUCGACAGCGGAUUCGAGGGCUUCCUCCAGCCGCGCUACCUCAACGGCACCUUCGGCCACCAAAACCCCAGCCUCUGCUCGCCGCUGUACAACUUCACCUCGUGCUAUCUGAACACAGACGGGCACGAAGCCUACGAAGGCAGCAGCUGGCUGUACACCUUCUACGUCCCGCAAGACAUGGCCCGUCUUUUCGCCACCCUCGGGGGUCCCGACUCGUUCGUGCGACGCCUCGAGUACCUCCACACCACGCCCAACCUCCUCUACCUCGGCGACGAGCAGGACUUCCUGCUAGUCUACCUCUUCCACUACGCCGGCCGGCCAGGCCUAUCCUCGCGGUUCGCCCACCGCUACAUCCCUCGCCAGUUCAACGACACCGCCGCGGGGAUCCCGGGCAACGACGACUUGGGCGCCAUGGAGCUCGACGUGUACCUGAUCGUGCCGCCCUUCUUCCGCGAGGUCACCGUCACGAGCCCGGCGACGCGCCGGACGGCGACGGUGCGGAGCGUCGGCUUCGACGACGGUGAUGGUGGUGCGUACGAGAACGGGGUGUUGGAGCUGACUCUGGGUAGGAGCGAGAGCGACUGGGAGACAAAGGAGGAGGACCUGCCACCGAGUGCUUCUACCCAUUUCUAG